AUGGACGAAAUUUUAUCAAAAGUUGCACUUCAUACAGCGACCUUCGUCGGAAAGGCGGCUUUUGCAUAUAGUACAAACUAUGCUAUGAAACAAGUGGCAAAUUAUAUAAAAAAUGAUUCUGCUGCUAAUAAAAUUGACACGAGUGAGCUUGAACAAGUGAAAGCGAGCCUUGAUGUAAAUAUACGCAUUGUGCAACCUUCAAUUGAUCUAAUUGAGAUCAUUAGUGCACGCGGCAACACCUUUAUUGAACCAGCAGUCGCUCAAGCCGUUCAGUUGCGCAAGGAAAUCGACGCAUUUGCUCAAAUGGUUUCAAUGGAUGAUGCUGACAUUAACGAAUCCACCUCUACUUCAGGAUCUGGAACGAAAGUAGUCGAUCAUACAAAAGUUCUUAGCAAAAUGAAAGCUCUCGAUGUUAAGAUAAGAGAAUUUGUACCAUAUCUGAAUCUGGUGCUUACGACCAGUGGUGCCAAUUUAGGUGUUUCACUUCGAAAUCAUGUAAGUCCUUCGCUUCUAUUGCAAGCUUCCGCAGCUUUAAAUGAGGCACACAAGGAAUUUACCAGGGAAAAACUACAAAAAGUAUGUGUUGGUCCUUUGUUUAAAUUGCGGCUUUAUUACUUGUUUGCUGGAAACUUUCGCCCGAAAACUAUUGGGGAUUUUACAUGGAAAGAAGAAUUUACUAAAUGUGACGGAGAAAUUGUAAGAGUGCGUCAAAAUAGUUCCGAAGGAAAGAAGCAAUUUCUAUAUGAAUUAGUCUUGACUGAAGACUUGAAUGAUGGAAGAUAUCAUGAAGAAUUUGAUACUAAUGAAGAGAUUCGCGCGAAGCUGGAAAAGAAUGAGAAGAUUCCCGGUAAAGUACUUCGGAUCUCAGUCAGUGAAAUUUCUCGACUCUUUUACAAUUCAUCAGGAUCAAUGUUGAAUAUAGAAGAUUCCAGAACUCCGGUACUGGUAUUAAAAGUGGUUAAAGGACUAUACAAAAAGAACAGAUAUAAUCAAGACACAGUCAAUAAUAAAGAAUCAGAUUCUGAAAAUAACGAUCAAUUAUAUAUUCCUCCGGUAGCUGUUACUCCCGAUAAACAUAAAUUUGAAACAAGUGAAACAGCUAAGGUAGAAUGUUAUGGAUUAGAAUUAUUUCAAGAACCUGAAUUCUCUUUUGAGGAAGGGGAAGAAGAAGACGAAGUGGAUUCACAAGCUAGUGACAGUGACGAAGAACCUUCUCUUGGUAUGGCUAUAAAUACACCACUUCCAUUAAAUGACGAUGAUAUUUCCAGCGAUGCUACAAUAAGUGAAGAUGAAACAAUAAGUGAUACAGAAAGAAAUAAUGAAGGACAUAAACAAAGUUUAACUGAAUUUCAAGUCGAUCAAAAACCCAUUUCUGAGGGGAAAGAAUCUGAUUCUUUCCCCGUUGAAAAUAAAAUGCUUUCUACUAAUGAUUCAAACAAUUAUCGUAAUACCAUAAAUACUCUUAGCUUUCUUGAAUAUAUAAUACGAUUGAGUGCAUUGGAAAUGUCUGAACAAAAACAACACUCUGAAGUAAAUGAUGAAAAAAUAAAUUUAUUCUUGAAAGACGACGAUGCCUCUUCGACUGCUGGUGCUUCCUCUGGUGGAGUAAACGCCACGUCCACAUCUGACUCAUCAACAUCCCCUAAUUCACCUAAGCGGAAGUCUCCAACAAAACAGCGGUCUUCCCCAAAAGGAAACCGUUCUCUAAAAGCCAAUAGAAAUCAGUUAGUGGAGUCCGAGUUUCAGACGCCUUUCUCUUCGCCUUUGCCUAGAUAUAUUGAUGAGACAAAAAUGGAUAAAUUUCCGGAUACUCUCAAUUCUCCAUCUAAAGGCUCAUAUCACAUAAAUACAUCAAGCACUGCACCAAAAUUUACUCCAUUUGGUCGUGGAGCAAAACCAUCACGAGGUGUUUCACAUACGCCGAAUAAAGAUAUUAGUCAGGUCUCAGCAAGUACAACGCCGACAUCAUCAUUUGGCCGUACAGCGAAACCAUUAAGAGGUACACCUACAAACAGAGUAUUAUUUCCACUUAAAAAUAAACAUGUGGACGAUGAUGCAGAUGGUGAUGAUGAAAAUAGUUCUGCAAGUGAGCUGGCAAAAUGUGAGCAUAUUUUGGAUCAACAACUAGCCAACCUGACUAUUAAAGAUUCAAAUGAUUUCAAUAGUAGCAAAGAAUAG